ACAGUACAAAUAAUUUCCAUUUUACUAUAUCAACAAAUCAACAAAUAUGAUAUACCUUUGCACUUGGUUCUAAAUUAACUCAGGUUGGCAUCAAUGAACCGCUCGCAUUUAUGUCCGGUACUGGAUUCCGUAUUUCGUGGUAAGCUACGAUAGUAAACAGAGAUCGCAGCGAAAUCAAAAACGAUGAAUAACAGCCCGAAAAAUUGGCAGGACUACUUUGUAAUGCCUGUGCGAAUCUGCAACUCUCGGAGGAAACUUUCGCGUGUCAUUUGCGGCACAUGUCGGGGACGAUUUUUGCUGGCCUGUGUGAUAAUAGUUGGAUUGACCUACAUAAACAUGCUUAUUUAUAUGCCAGUCUUCCAAGUGUUCCGGAACAAAAAUAUACAUGCUCCGUGUCUACUUCCGGUUUUUGACAUGUAUGACAAAUCUAUCAAUGAUCAGUUUUGGUCACAGCAGCCUCUUCCCUGCGAGAAUUGGUUAGAUUUGUUUUUUGUUUCUCCUUUAGGGAAUUUAACGUUGAAUCAAACCGCCGUCCAAUUGUCAGGACUACGUAACAUCCGGUGUCAUUAUAGGUACAUAAUACGCAAAUCAGAGACGAAAUUUGUGUUUUCUGAAAAAUUGGAAUACAUUUCACCCAAGUAUUUGGAUGGUGAUUUUGUUCACGUUGAAUGUUUCGACAAUCAAAACAAACGAGUGUACAACAACCUUCAUUUCAACGUGGACGCCAAACCGAUCCUGAAAUCAAGAAAACUAGUGAAUGAGUCCCUGGACAAACUUAGUGUUAUUGCUUUUGGUUUGGAUUCUGUUUCCAGACUCAUAGCCGAAAGAAAACUUCCAAAAACGAUGAAAUAUCUUCGCCAGUCUUUAGGGGCGUAUGUGUUCGCCGGACAUACUCGUUUAGGAGACAGUUCCUUUCCAAAUUUAAAUCCAUUAUUAACAGGGUUGAUAUCUGACUACACUACUCCCGUGCCCCCUGUACACGAACUGCCUUUCAUAUUUAAGAAUUUUUCUGAUCAAGGGGCCGUCAACGUUUUUGUCGAGGACUGGUAUGAAGUCGCUACAUUCAAGGGUUUUACUGACCCACCUACCAUGCAUUAUUCACAGCCUCUGAUUCAAGCGAUGGAUCAAGUCAGGCCCUCCUAUCUGGCUAUUGACAAAAGUUUCCAAUUCCUUCAGAGUCAUAAUAUUCCUCUCCGGAAAGUCUCGGCCUUGUGUUUUGGAAACGAAAAAAGAUACAAAAUUCUUAUGAAUUAUUAUAAAAGAUUUAUUGAGAAAUAUGGAAAUACUAGGAAAUUUGCCUUUUCUUGGAUUAAUGAACUUGCCCAUGAUUUCUUUAACAUGGUGGAAUUGGCAGAUGAGGAUAUUCUUAAUCUUUUCAAAUGGCUAAAAGAAUCUGGGAAAUUAGAGAAUGCGGUUCUUCUGUUUUUUAGUGAUCACGGGCCGCGUUACAGUGAGAUACAGAAUACCGACAUUGGCCGGGUGUCAAACCUCCUACCGCUAAUGUCUAUUGUUCUUCCCAAACGACUGACUGAAAAAUAUCCGCAUAUAGCUCAUAACAUGAAAAUGAAUACUGAACGACUUACAACAAACCACGACGUGUUUUUAAUGCUAAAAGACAUAUUAUACGCUAAUUACGAGGAACAGCCCGUGGUGAAACCUGACGAAAACGGCAUGCUGCCAUAUGAAAUCAGUUUAUUUCGAGAAAUUCCACCUUCUCGUAGCUGUGCAGAUGCUCGAAUUUCAGAUGUCUUUUGUCCGUGUUACACAUCUGUACGGGUGUCCAACUCCGACGAGAGAAUAAUUCAGUCAGCGCAUAUUGUUGUUGAUAGAAUUAACGAUAUUCUGAAGAAAGUUCAAACGAAGUGUGCCAAGGUUAAGUUUGUCUCUAUACACCAUGCUUCCUUAAUAUUCCCAGAUAUGCAGCGCGAUUUAUCGCAAGAGCGCGCCUUCUCAUUAAGAGGUUAUUUCUUGAAAGUCAAAAGUUCCACGCGUUUUCUAAUAAGCUUCAGCACAGAGCCUGGCAAUGCUUUAUUUGAAGCACGAGUUGAUUAUAAAGACCCAGGAGACAUUAAAAUCCUAGGAAAUAUUCUGAGGACGAACGCGUAUGGAAAUCAAUCGUCAUGUAUUGCCCACGCUGACAGGAUCAGACGACUGUACUGUUACUGCAUCUGAGCAGCAGCAGGCGGGAAAUUACCUCGAGUAAGGAGACACGCGGAGGAAUCGUCUCUGGAGUUCAGAGCCGAGGCACUUCCGGAACGGUGACCUGAACGGUUGACCUCAGAUAAUGUGCAGGUGAAUGACCUCGGGGUCUCGAGAGAUGGAUAUUGUGAAUGUAAACACUACCUCCCCAAAGAGAUAUUAUGACAGGGUAGUAGAUAUUUAUUCUGUGAAUACAUACGCAGUGCAUGGACACAAUGGGAGGGUCGGGAACAUUGCUGCAUAUGUAUUCUGUCAAACAAGCCUACAAAUUGAUAUUUUAGAAUAAAAAAAAAACUGAAAAUGAUCUCAAUUUGUGUUCAUCACAGAUCUAGACGUAUUGAUAUUUUCUGAUGAUUUAUACAAAAGGUUUGGUGUCUGCUGAAUAGUCCAAUAUGUCUCUAAUCGAUGAAAAGCGAAGAAAGAAAUUUUAAUUUUGGAAACAAAAGCCUACAGAUUGGUGCAUUAUUUUGAACCUCUAGCUUUUAAUUAAGCCUGUGAUAUACUUGCAGCUUACAAUAUUCUGUUUCUUAAAUAUACAUUGCCUUAUGUAUACAAAGUGUCGGCAAAGCUCAAUAUCAGUUUUCUCUAUGAAUGUGCUGUAUAUAUUUUUGCUUCGUUUUAUUUUUUCUAUAUUUUACACGUGUAUUUUUUAUAUAUAUUUUGUACGUAAUUAAGCUGAAGAUAAUUCUGUGAUACAAAAUUCAUACAUCAUACUCUUGUAAUCUGGUCAGUAUCGCUUAUAACAGUAGAGACCUAGCUUCUGUUUCCAUUUAAUAUUUCUUGUACAUGCAUAAUACUCUCUUUUGCUGAUUCAUAGUCAUCGCUACAUCCAUUCAUGUAUUGUUAAGUUAUAUUUUAUAAGUAUGAACUCAAUAGCUUCUUUUUCAUAAUUUACUUUCACACAUUUUUUCUAAAUAUAGAAACAUAAACUUUACUUUAUGAUGAUAUGUUAAAUCCAUUUGAUAGCCAUUGAAUUUAUUCUAGAAUACUAAUAAUAUCUUGAUCGCUGGUUAGAUCUAAAUAUAUAUGUAUAGAUCUUUUUAUCUUUAAGUUCAUGUACAUGUACUGUACGUAAUUUUUGUGCGUGCUAGAUUUCAUAUUGUUUCAACGAUUUUUUUCCUUCUCAUCAACUAUCAAUCAAUGCAACUUGUUAUUCACCAAUAUUUUUUUAAUAGUUAUACAUAGACUAUUUAUUGUUUAUUUAUACUUUUUUUUUUCAUCCACAACCAAUGCAGCUUAGUCGUGUAUCGUUGCCUUUUAUCAACAACUGUGAGAUAAAGGGUAUAUUAAGUCAAUUAUUUGCUCUCUCUAUGCACAUUUUCAGCAUUCUUGAAUGUCGCAUGAUUUAUCAGUUAAUGUAUGUUGUUCUUUUUUUUCAUAAUUAUUUUUUAACUCUAUUAUUAGAGAUUACAAAUGAAUGUACACUUUUCAUUGCAUGUGAAGUUGUACUGACUGAAUUCAGCAUUACUAUUUUUAUGCAAUUUGUCAAGCUUUCAUGAUUAAUGCACGUCAUAUGAUUGCAAUGCAAGAGAUCUUUCCUUUGUGCCAUGUGAGAUCAAAAUGUUGAGCCACGCGGAUUUCUCCGUGAAAGGAUUCUUUUUUCUAUCUUUAUUUUUCUCUACCCCUUUUAAGCUUACAGUUAUUUUAUGAUAUAUAAUUAUAUAUAUUGGAUGGUUUUUGCCUUUGUAAUAUUCCUUCGAGGAAGUUUUUUUAUGUCGUUUUAAAUUUCUUUAUAAGAUAAGUUUGAUCAUGUCUGACUAUUUUCUGUGCGAUAAUGUGUUCAAAUAUAACUCUUACGCUUAGGCCAUAAUUAACAAAAAGAUUGUUUCUCUGCUCUCCCGACCGACAAAUUGAAAACUUUUUUCUAACCCCCAGGAAAGAAAUGUUUUUUUUUUUUGGUUCAAAAUUCUGUUUUUUUAUUCCAUCGAUAUCUACUUUAACUUCAUAUUGUAAGUGUUUUUUACACACACACACACCCAAUAUCUACCUACCCAUUUUUUUAAUAAUGCGUCGAAAUAGCCGGACAAUAAACAGUUUUUAGAGAUGGCCCUACCGUUAUGAAUGUGUAUUUUCAAUUCUUCCGAUUUCUCCGUUGCUUCAUUUUUGUGUCAAGAUAUUUAAAAGUUAAUAUGCACCCCACCCCCUCCUGGUUAGAAAUCGC